AGCGUGCGCGGUAGCUGCUUUUGUCUCUCUCUUUUUUUGUUGCUAAGAAAGUCGACCCCACCAACAUGCAUAGAAGAAUCUUCAUAGAUUGCUGCUCCAACACACAUACACUUGACAACACACGCGCCGUUCAUACAACAUAUUCGACGGUUUUGCUUGCUUCUACAGUUCCAUAGAUAGCCUCUAAAUGGCCUAUGCCCAAAUUAGUGCGGCAGCGCGACGCGGGCAGCCGCACUUCGUGUGCUUGCUGCUCUUCCUUUUUGCACUUGCUCUGAUCACGGCAGCCACACAAGCUGCCGGUCGAGAGAACAGCUCCUGCGACAACUACGGCUUUGUUUUUGACACUGCCGAUCAAAACUGCGCUGCAUGUCCCGCCAACGCGGAGCGGGUGUCAGGGCGGUGCAUGUGCACUGCCGGAUACGCACAGCAAGUUGACGCGGCAAGUGGCACGGAGUCGUGCGUGGACUGCGCUGCGGAGAGCAUGAUGGUGAGCAUGGUGUCCUCCGUGAACUCCUCCUCCUACUGCCUGCCCUGCGGCGGUGACACGCAACUCAGCUGUCUGUCGAGUUCCACGUACAAUGCAUCCACAAAGACGUGCACCUGCCCGAGUGGCAGUGUGCUUGUGCAGCAGGUCGGCACGCUGGUGCUGGCAGGCGCGAUGUGCGCGAAGUGCGGCUCGGCGGAGUGCACCACGUGCUCGUGGCCGUACACCAUGGAUGCCGCGUCCGGUAAGUGCACGUGCGUUAGUGGGUACACAUCGCUCUACGACGCCUCAUGCGUGCCAACGGCGGAAUAUCAGUCCAUGGUCUCUGCUGCAGCGUCUUCGUCUGCCGUGCUCGCACCGCCAAACAUCGACAACAGCGGUGCAGCGGGCUCGUCCACGACGAUUACCGUUGUGAAAACCUACUCCAUCGGCGCGGCCGUGCUGUGCCGUCGCGGAAACCACACGGCGUGUGAGAUGCUGGCCAACUUGUGUGUCUUAAUGGACUACCAAGCAACCUCCACUCCCUGCGUGCUGUACCAAGCCAUCAAGAAGUCUAUGCCAUGCGCAGACCAGUGGUGCGAGACGGUGGAUGGGUUUCCGUGGCUGUACUACACCCGAAGCAACGCCGUGGUGCUCAGUGACGCGGCAACCCAAAUAGGCGUGACAGCGCGCAAGCAGCUGCAGUUUGUUGUCUCGCUUUACGACCUCUACGGCAACUGGAUCGGCUACGAAGCCAUGAUCGAUCAGGUGAAUCCGUGCUUCCUGGGGAACACGCAACUGGAGAAGUUCACGGCGGCUGGCGCCACGCGUGCGACGCACUGCAACGUCAACUGGCGAUGGUUCCUCCACGCAAACGACACCGUCUUUUAUGAAGUUUUCCUGCGAGAUCCGUCCAACGUCACCCAUCUCAUCGCUGUCCCUGUUCUGGUUGACUACUCCAACGACGUUUUUCACCCCCAAACGUUCAACGACUUGUGGCUGUACCGCGGCGAGGGCACGGUGGAUGGGUCGAUGCCCGCAACUGGAUUCCGCCGCCGCUUUUACGCCUACGACAACGUCGGCGGCCACGACGUCGCACUGCGGCCCGCCAACGCAACGUACAUCACGGCGCUAUGGAGUGCCAGUGUGGUGCUGGGCCUGUCGGCGAGCGCUCACAGUCCCAGGGCGACGCCGCUGCUCGUGCUACGCUACGCUUCCAAGAUGACGUCGACCAUGGCAGGGGCGACGGUGACGGACGCCUUGCACCAGCUCCGUCAGUCGCCGCUGAACGCGAGUGGCCGCGCCGGCUACACGUUGCAGUGCGAGAUGCGUUCAUACUUUUUGCUGCGCAGCGACGGCGUCGCGAAUGGGAUGAGAAUCACCCUCAUCGUCGUCUCGGCUCUCUGCUUUGUCUCGGCGUGGCUGCGCGUAUACGGGUGGAUGCGCCGGCGCCAGUAUCUCGUUCUCGACUGGCUGGCACUGCUGCGCUUUUUUGUGUACUUGUGCAACCACAUCAGUAACGUGUACUUCGUCGUCGUCGCCAUAGCGUCGUGGUACAUUUUUAUUGCCUACAAGGACCAGUCCACGCUGUCCCGAGCGAUGAUGGCGAAGGAUCUGUACAUCAGCGCCAUGCUCUACACCGCCGUCGUUGCGAAGGCCGUCACGGUGCUGUACCGUCUGGUGGAGCAGUGCAACGCCGACUACUUCGUGAUCGACUGGGAGCGCUCAAAAGGCCAGCUCCUGCGCGAGAACAAAAUUGUGCCAGUGAGCAUGUGGCGCUCUACUUUUGUGGCCAACGAGCUGAACGAGCUGCAGGCGCUGCGGUACUGGCACCCCCUUCUGACCAUGGCGAUCAUCCUUCUCUUCCUCGUUGGUCUGGAGUACCUGAACAUGUCUGCAAGCGUUCCACAGGGUUCGCGCUACGUCGGCGGCAUGACGGAGACCUUCGAAACGCUUUGCAUCGCCAUCGACACCUUCUUCUGGAUCGCGGUGGCGCUCGCCAUGUACUUGCUAGAGUAUCAAAUCUUCUACCGCUUCGUUGUGGUGCACCCCCUGCAGGCCUUCAUUGAUCUGUGCUCCGUAUCGAACAUCUCCAUCAUGAUUCUGCUAGAGCAGCAAUGGGGAUUCUACAUCCAUGGCGAGUCAAUUUACGCGCACGCCGAUGUCAGCAUGCAGGAGUUCCAGAAUAACCUCUUUCUCGAGGUGCAGGGUAACUUGCCCGUUCGCGGUCUAGGCGGGCUGAGCAAGUCGCAGGCUUUCGAGGUGUACCUCGGCCCCUACACGCGCCAGUACGUCUACAUGUGCUACAUGGAGAUGCAACUGGAGCACCUCCGCUCGCUCGGCAAGCGAGAAAAACUAGUGAAUCCCGCGCGGUGGCAUUACCUCACCUUCCUCUUUGGAUUUGCGCGCAAGCCGCGGGUGUACUCCCAGGCAGCCCUCGCCAUCAAGGACCGCAUCAACAACGCAUUCCAGCAAAGCGUACGCCGCGCCGAGAGCACACUUCUCGUGAAGUUUGUGCUUCACAAGUGGCUCGACUUUCCGCCCAACGUGAUGUACAUGAACGGGCCGCAGCGAGGCGACCGCGGCGGCAAGGACUUAUUCUUCAUUGACAGUGCGGAGUCGUACGGACGCGCGUUCCUGUGCGGCCUGGACUUUGAUUUGUUCGUCCUCUACGCAGCCUUGUUUGCGGCGGUUGAUUCCUCGCUGAACAACCCGUACGCUGCGAUGGUGCUCACCUUUGCCGUGGAGGUGGUGUUGCGGUUUUACCGCGUCCGCGAGGGUCUUAUCAAUAUGAGCCACAAAACUAUGAUCGAUGAUCGCUUCUUUAUUUAA